AUAUUAUUGCGGUCACACAGCCAGAAAGUUAAACUAGGUGAAUGAAGUUUACACUAAGGUUGGUUAGUCACCCAUUAUAAUUGUGUACACCGGAUUUAUUUAUUUCUCAAUGGCUGCCUGACCUGCCCCGAUCUAUUGUCCCCAGAACAAUGUUGUUGACCGGUGGGAAAAUAAACAACUCAUAUAGACACGAUUAGAAACUAGUACUUCCAGUUAAUUGCUUAGAGAGCGUCUGAAAACACGUAGAUGUAGCUACUAUGGUGCGACUAGCAAUAAUAGUGUGUCUCGUGUCGCGUGUGAUCUACGGCGAACACACAGUUCAACGCGAUACGUAUUCGGAACACGUGUAUAGGAAAUUAAGACCCAAUAUGCCGACGCUACAUGGUAAAUAUACUUACAAACAGUACGAUAAACCCCGGACGUACUCGGCCAUCGGAUUGCCGCCGUACGAUCCACAUGUUGUGCAGGCACAAUAUGAUACAAGGACUUUGGAGAAAAUGAGGCACCAAGCGCCGACAGUUUACGAAGAAUUCAUCGCGCCCCAUACAACACCUUCAACAAUUAAACAUAGAAUAGACUACGAGAUAGCAAGAGCUACAGCCGACGCUAAAUACCAAGCUUCAAAAUAUGCUGCAGACGACGACGACACACUUGAAAAACUGAAGUCUAUCAUGCAAUAUCACCCGCCUGCGGACGCUCCAAGGGACACCAUGUCUGACUAUGCCAGCAGUGAAUAUAGCAUGGAUGAUGACGAUGUCCGGAGCAGUUCCCGAAGUUUGUAUGACAACUGGCCAUAUUUUUAUCACAGUCCGUAUGAAUAUGAAACCAAUAAAAACGCACAUAAUUCAGAAAAAGCGAAAGACAAACGUUACGUUAUGGAUGGAUUUGACAGUAUAAUUCCUGUUCAGGAACUUAUUGAAAACGAUCUCCCGCCACCACAAUAUGAGCUCACACCGAAUCACUAUCACGAAACGACAGAUAACCCAAUAGUAGGAGAUGAACCAUUCUUUUCAUUUAUACUUAAUGAUUAUUUUGAAAAGAAUAAUGCUGAGGAUCCUGUGAUAUUCAAAGGGUUAGAUUUUGGCAGAGACUUUGAUCACGAUACUUAUUUACCUGACGUUGAAGAAGCUAGAAGGAGUCGUCGGAUAGAUAACAGUUAUUUUACAACUAAUCGUCCGACAACACACUACGACGUUCCCAGUAAAGUGUCGCUAGCAGAAUCAGUAACUGAACAAACUCAUAAAAGAAAUCUUGAAUUCGAUACCCGGAAAAAUGCUGCAACGAGCGACGAUAAACAUAAUUCCGAGUACGCAAAUCAAGCAACAGAAUACAAUGGAUUUAAGGAUUUUCUAGACACUUUUGCGCAAAAAUUCGGUUCGGAGGAUCACAAGAGAAAUUCAAACUAUAUUCAUGAAACUAAUAAGGAUAAAGGUGAAAACAAGAAAGGUUUUCGCAGGAUUUACCAUAAAGACGAAUAUAUGGAAGACAACGAAUUUUACGAUAAUAACAAUAGUAGUACGCGGGGCGUGGAUAAAGCUAGUUCAAACGCCCACGUUGGAGGAUCUGAAGCGUAUCUGCGGUCCCAAGCCGCGGCAGCUACAGGGAAUCGAACCCACGCUGCAAGCAACGCAGGCAAGGCAAACAACGCUACAUUCAAUACUAGUUACAACGGACAUGACAGAUCUAAUACAUUGGAUAACAAGUUUAAUAAGUACAUUGAUGUCGCGAAACAGGCGGCUCAGAGCAAUGACGAGGACUAUGCAGACCAUUACAGGAUAUGACUAGACGAGAAACGUCUGAGCGACAUUUUGGCGGAAAACGAAUAUCCGUAGCGAAGUACCUAAGUGUCUACCUAGGUAGGUAGACAAUCUGUUACCGUGACUGUACAGUGAAGUGUUCGGUACAGUGGUGGCUAGGUUCCAAAAUGAACGCAUGACAGUGCUCUAGUGACAGUAUUCUGUGAGUGUCGUCUCAACUCGGACAUUUAUGUAGCCGAGG